AUGCCAGCCGCCGUUAAACCUCAACAAAGAAGAAGCUACGUCACAUCCUCUUUCACCAUGGCGGCUGAUUUAACUCCGAGGUUUAGACGAUUGAACAGUCAAACACGGAGCCUUCGUGGAAAUGUUCAACCAGGAUUCUCUGGGCCCUUCCACGCUACACAGCUGUGGCACAACAUCAUCCAGGCGCUGCAUACACAGGUGGAGGUGCGACGGCGGCGGCGCCACCUGUGUGUGCACCCUGACUGCUUCACAGGCUCGGACGCAGUAGACGCUGUGCUCAGCUACUUGAUGCAGAACGUCUUCUUCUGUGCCAGCGAGGUGUCACGCCUCAAGGCCGCCAGGCUCUGCCAGGCGCUCAUGGAGGCCAAGGUGUUUGAGGCGGUGGGGACCAAGCUGUUCCGCCGAGACAAGGAGGCCACUUUCGAGGACACGGGCUGCAGCCUCUACCGUUUCCAGGACUGCAGCUCGCUGCCCGGCUCAGCCAGGAAGGCUGGGAAGAGUGGGGACACCGAGAACAUGGCCCCUGAGGACUUAGUGAGGAAGAAAGGCUCUAGACUGAGUGAGCUGAGGACCAUCUCCAAUCCCCUGGCGCUGGGCCCCUCAGACCGGAGGGUAGAGAGGCUGCUGAAGAUCAUCAACCUGCAGCCCUCCCUCCCUAAAGCCAUUACCAAAGCCCCCACCACCAUCUUCCUUUCAAAGACAGUGGUGGAGGAGGUCUGGAAGCAGCAGACGUUGCUUCAGCUGCUGCAGACGGUGGAGCUACCCGUGCUGGACUGUAUCCUGGCGACUCAGACCCGGGGGGCCCAGCCCCACCCCCAGGCUGCCGCCCUGCAGCUGCUGCAGAGCCACCACCAGGACCUGGUCAUCUCCAACACCUGCCUGGACCGGGAGCUGCCCCAGACCCUCAACCUUCCCGAGCUGGACGCAUGGCUGGUGGCAGCCGCUGACUGCCUGGAGCUCUUCCCUGACCAGCUGAUCGUGUUGGCGGGGGAGCACCUCCUCCAGCAGGGCAGUACCACAGAGGGGGCAGAGAGGCUGGCCGGCCAGAAGAAACUGCUGUUUGACACCAUGGCCAAACACUACGGAGGCCAGGAGAGGUCCCCACUGCUCACCGGACGCUACCUGGACAUCCACACGGCCAUACUGGACCUGCUGGACUGUGGGAAGGUGGAUGAUGCUGUCAGGGCCUAUCAGCUGUGUCUGCAUCUGUUGGAGCCUGCUGGGAGAGAUGAGCUGAGGAGGCUCCUGGCCUUCAUGGCCACAGCAGCCCAUCCGGCUGCAUGCCGUCUGCACAAACAGACAGACAACAGGGCCCUGAUCAGCAGGACAUUUCUGAAGGCCAUCGUGCAGAAUAAAGAGCUAUCUCGUACCCAGAGCGAGAGGCUGCUGCUGUUUCUGAUGGACAACCACACUCAGCUCUUUAAGACCCCCACAUCGCUGAUUGAUGCUGUGAGGAGAACACUGCAAAUCCUGCAGCAAGGAAGAGAUCCAAACAACAUUGCGAUGUUUACGUUCUGCCAGCAGGUGUCGCUGCAGGAGUAUGAGGAUCAGUGCGAGGCGGCCACCCUGGAGAGCCUGAAGCAGCUGAUCAGGGACAUCAGCCUGAGCAAGGCCCUGUCUGUCAAGGAUAGGAGGAGGCUGGUCAAGGAGUUCCAGAAGCACCAUCCAAUAGUCUUCCUCCAGCACUUCUCCUCCACUUUCUAGGGGGGGGAGAUUGGAUUAGUUAUAAGAAAUUCCAGGUAUAAGUGUUCAACUUAUCAAUCAGAGGGUAAGGUCAUUCCAGGGCUAUGUUCAGUUGCUAAAUGUUCUUGAACAUUACAGAUUGAAGUGAGCCCAUGUGAUUCCUUAUUCUACAUGUCAGAGGCAUGUUUGAUCUACAUAGCGUAUUUAUAUCUGAACGUUCAAUCCUGCUGAACGUGCCCCUGGUCUACACAAGGGCAUACUACAUAGGGGGUGGGCCUAGGGGUUGAUUUUGGAAUUGGGCAGUAGGGAUCCUUGUCGCCUUAACAAGCGCGUUUGUUCUUCGUUAUGCCAACAUUUUCCACAGUGCUGGCAAUAGUUUUCAGGAAUGCAUUUGCACUAGUUUGUUGGCCAUAGUAUGUUCUCAUCAACACUAGAUGCUAGUGGUAUAUUAGUAGCAAUUGUUUUGUUCUAACAAGGAGAGAUGCACUUACCCAGGUGCCUCAAGGGUUUAUUUCUGGUGAAUGAGAGCAUUCUCUGCUUUCCUUAGCUGAUGCCCGUCAGAAAAACCUUUGAUUUUGUUGAAACCUACACAGUGGGAAAUGUGUGUAAUGUUGGUGAAACAUUUAUCUAAAACUAACAGGCAUAGGAUCGAACUGAAUUUAUUCAGGGCUGGUUUUGGUAUCAAGUAUCUAGUUUUGGUAUCUAGUUUUCUCAGGUAGAUUUAAAUUUAGGUACUGUAAAUAGUUUAGGCUGGAUAUUAAGCUUGAACAGGAAUCUCUUGACGAUUAAUCAUUACACUUUAUUUCUAUACCUUAAAUGAAAUGUAACACACUUAUUGUGUUGACAGUCUUAACAAAUGAUGUAUUGUUUUGGAUUUCGUUGACUGCAUCUUAUAACUGGUAAGGGAAUAAUGCUGGUAAAUGUAGCAUCUUAUAACUGGUAAGGGAAUAAUGCUGGUAAAUGUAGCAUCUUAUAACUGGUAAGGGAAUAAUGCUGGUAAAUGUAGCAUCUUAUAACUGGUAAGGGAAUAAUGCUGGUAAAUGUAGCAUCUUAUAACUGGUAAGGGAAUAAUGCUGGUAAAUGUAGCAUCUUAUAACUGGUAAGGGAAUAAUGCUGGUAAAUGUAGCAUCUUAUAACUGGUAAGGGAAUAAUGCUGGUAAAUGUAGCAUCUUAUAACUGGUAAGGGAAUAAUGCUGGUAAAUGUAGCAUCUUAUAACUGGUAAGGGAAUAAUGCUGGUAAAUGUAGCACUUUUAUAUCUGUACAUUUCUGUUGGGGACAAACUGAAUAAUUUGAAAUGGUAUUAAUUUAGUUAAUUGUGGAACUGUUUCCCACUGCUAUCAAGAACAUGUUUCAUAUCUGUUAUUCACAUCGUUGACACUAACUAUUCUAUUGGAUUGUAAUAGGCUUUGAUUGCACGGGUUUGCAAGUUUAAUCAUAAGGUGGAAUGUUUCAAAUGCAGCCAAAAGUUUUUACUUUUGUAGUUUGUUGGCGUCUUACAAAUGAAUGCUUUGUCUCAAAUAAGUGCCAUGUUUUUAGCAUAACUUGAAGGAGUGCAUUAACUUAUUGGAAUGAGUGUAAAUCAUACAAUCCAGGGGUGUAUUCAUUAGUUGCACACCCUAGCAAAAAAAGUUGUGCAACGAAAAUAAGUUUCUGUUGGACAAAUUAAAAUGGGUCCCUGUUUGUUUCCGUUUUCCUCUGUGUGGUUCCUAGUGAAUACACCCCGGGUUAAGUUGUUGCAUCAUUGGUACAAAGUUUUAAAUUCUAGAGCAUUUUCUGUACUGCUGCUGUAUGUUGCUGCCUAGUUUUGAGCUUUACAUAUCUUAGUCAACAGAAUAUUAUACAUGAUCCGUAAUGUUGCCGAUUCAGGUUUUGUAGUUAAUGCGUUGAAUUGUUUUGAAAUGCACUUUGUUGAAAAACUAUUAAAUACAGUACAAUAAGA